AUGCCGCGCCGACAGAAAGGCCCCUGGAAACAAAACCCUAGCCACGCCACCUCCGCUCGGUUUCCUACCCGCUCCGCUCCAUAUAUUACCCGGGCGCCCCGUCACCCUCCUCCCAUCGCCGUCCUGGUUAAUCCGUUCGAUCUUGGAGUGGCGACUUCUCCUUUCCGGUUGUCGGAGGAAGAUGCGGAGCCGUGGGUUCAUAUGGAUGCAGAUGCGAAUGCAGAUGAGGAGUCACAAGUUUUAAUGGGCAUUCCUGGCAGAAGGGCGGACGAUGCAUUCUUUAUCGCUGCAGUUAAAGAAACACAAAAAUGGGCGGCCGCUUUGAACCCCCGCACGCAUUACGCGUAUGGCACAGGUCCAACCUUGUUCGAAGAUCUCCGUGAGGCAUUUGAGCGGCUGACUGAUGUUACUACUGCCGCGGAAGCACUUAUUGAGGCUGAAACGUAUUGGACAAAGUCUCUCUCAUUCUCAGGUCCUCUAGCUGCACGGAUGGCUUGUGACGGCAGGACUCAUCCGGCGCAAUGGUGGUCCAUGUUUGGUUCAUCUACACCUACACUAUCAAUGCUUGCUAGACGCCUAGUGUCACAGUGCGCCUCAUCUAGUGGUUGUGAGAGGAACUGGAGUACAUUUGCUUUCAUCCACACCAAAGUUUGCAACCGAUUAAGCUACAAGAAGCUCCAUAAGUUGGUGUAUGUCAACUACAACCUGAGAAUACAGAACAACUUGGAUGCAGGUAUCAGGUCAACUCUUGAUGAUGAUCCAUUUCAGCGGCUUAUGGAGCUCACAUUGAAUGAGGAUAACAAUCCGCUCCGGGACUGGAUGGAGACCGGGAGAUCAAAUGCAGCCCCUGAGCUUGACGAGGAGGACACAGAUAGCGACGUACCCUUGCCUACUCACCUGGUGACAGACACAGUGAACACACCUGACUUGCAACAAUGGGCUGCUACAACGGUUGGUGACACACACACGGGAAAGAGGAAGAAGCAAAUGACGCAAAGAAAGAAGAGCAAGAGGACUAAGGGCAAGGGCAAAAGACAAGUGCAAAGCGAUGAGAGCACGAAUAGUGACCCAAAGAGCCCGACUUACCAAGAAUCGAAUGACAGCAGCUCAAAGACUGACAGCGGUGAUGAUGAUGGUCAGGGCGGUGAUGCUCAUCCAGGCCAAACAUCUGUCGUUCCUCCUGUGCAAUUCACUGGUGAGAGUCAGUUUUCACAUGCCACGCAAGAUCGGGACCACGGUGCUCCAUCCUCACCAAGGCAUAUAACACAUGGUGGCCACGAUGGACCACAAGAUAGUGCGAGCUAUUCCAGCAGCUAUGGCAUGGAGAGUAGUUCUGGAUCGUAUCCGUACCACUAUCCUACCUCCAAUGCUCAUUUAGAGCCUCCUAUUCAGUGGGUCUAUGAGUGGCAAGACCCUGAGUUUUAUGCCACUUUGCAAGGACAAUGGUCAACCACUUCUGCAUGGACAGGACAAACUUGGGCUGAGUUCAAAGCAGAGUUACUAUCGACACGACGGCUAAUGCUAAUGUCCACCGAUGAGUACACUAUGGCCGAAUGUAAUCGGCCCCCAAGCUGGUGGUUCUAA